AUGAAAAUUUUCACAUAUAAAUUACCGUCAAUGGAUCUGAUGCGUUCGGAGAAGAUGACCUUCGUUCAACUCAUCAUUCCCGCCGAGUCCGCUCACCGAGCCAUCACCUAUUUAGGCCAACUCGGUCUUCUUCAAUUCCGUGACUUAAAUGCUGAAAAAAGUCCCUUCCAGAGAACAUUUGUUAACCAGGUAAAGCGAUGUGCAGAAAUGUCAAGAAAGCUACGAUUCCUGAUGGAUCAGAUCAAUAAAGCUGGUAUAAUGUCUCCCAGUUCUGUCUUGCAAUCAGAUACAUACUUGGAGGAUAUAGAGGUGCAUCUUGCUGAGCAUGAACAUGAGAUAAUUGAAAUGAACUCUAACAGUGAGAAACUUCAGCAAUCAUAUAACGAGCUCCUUGAGUUCAAGAGUGUACUGCAAAAGGCAUGUAGUUUUCUUGUUUCAAAUCAUGGCCAUGCCGUUUCAGAAGAGAGAGAACUGGAGGAAAAUGUUUACUUAAAUGAAGACAUUAUCGAGACACCAUUUUUGUUUGAACAGGAAAUGAUGCCUGAUCCGUCAAAAUCAAACCAAUCUGGUUUAAGAUUUAUCAGCGGGAUAAUUUGUAAAUCCAAAGUUCUGAGGUUUGAAAGAAUGUUGUUUCGUGCCACAAGAGGCAAUAUGCUUUUCAAUAAGGCACCAGCUGAUGAACAAAUUAUGGAUCCUAUUUCAACUGAGAUGGUUGAGAAGACAGUGUUUGUUGUGUUUUUCUCUGGGGAGCAAGCAAGAACAAAGAUUCUAAAAAUUUGUGAAGCAUUUGGUGCAAAUUGUUACCCUGUUCCUGAAGAUAUAAGUAAGCAAAGGCAAAUAACUCAGGAGGUUUCAUCACGCCUUGCUGACUUAGAGGCCACUUUGGAUGCUGGAAUUAGGCAUCGGAAUAAGGCUCUAUCUUCUGUAGGAGGUCAUUUAGAAAAAUGGAUGGACAUGGUAAGAAGAGAGAAGGCUGUGUAUGAUACGCUGAACAUGUUAAAUUUUGAUGUCACCAAAAAAUGUCUUGUUGCAGAGGGCUGGUGUCCAAUAUUUGCAAGAACACAGAUUCAAGAGGCACUGCAACGUGCAACUUUUGACAGCAAUUCUCAAGUGGGUGUAAUCUUUCAUUCAAUGGAUGCACUGGAAUCGCCACCUACAUAUUUUAGGACCAACAGUUUCACCAAUCCUUAUCAAGAAAUUGUAGAUGCAUAUGGUGUUGCAAGAUAUCAAGAAGCAAACCCUGCAGUUUACACAACUAUUAUAUUCCCAUUUCUUUUUGCGGUGAUGUUUGGGGACUGGGGCCAUGGAAUAUGCCUGCUGCUUGGAGCAUUGGUUCUUAUAGCACAUGAAAGCAAACUCGGCAAUCAGCGACUGGGAAGCUUUAUGGAGAUGCUAUAUGGUGGGCGCUAUGUGCUUCUUCUGAUGUCACUGUUUUCAAUGUAUUGUGGGUUAAUCUACAAUGAGUUCUUCUCGGUUCCUUUUCACAUAUUUGGUGCGUCUGCUUACAAAUGCCAAGAUAUUUCAUGCAGGGAUGCACAUACUACUGGCUUAGUAAAAUACAGAGAACCAUACCCAUUUGGUGUAGAUCCCAGCUGGCGUGGAAGUCGUUCUGAAUUACCCUUUUUGAACUCUCUCAAGAUGAAGAUGUCCAUUCUUUUUGGUGUUGUGCAUAUGAACUUAGGAAUUAUGUUAAGUUAUUUCAAUGCUCGUUUCUUUGGCAGUUCGCUGGAUAUAAGGUAUCAGUUUGUGCCGCAGAUGAUUUUCCUCAAUAGUCUAUUUGGGUAUCUUUCCCUUCUCAUUGUUGUCAAGUGGUGUUCUGGCUCUCAGGCAGACCUUUAUCAUAUAAUGAUUUACAUGUUUUUAAGCCCCCUUGACAAUCUUGGUGAGAAUGAGUUGUUCAGGGGUCAAAGGCCACUUCAAGUUUUGUUAUUGCUUCUGGCUCUAAUUGCAGUUCCAUGGAUGCUCUUUCCAAAGCCUUUUAUAUUAAAGAAACUUCAUAAUGAGAGAUUUCAAGGACGUAAUUACGGUGUUCUGAAUACCUCUGAGGUGGAUCUUGAGGUGGAACCGGAUUCUGCCAGGCAACAUCAUGAGGAAUUUAAUUUCAGUGAGGUUUUUGUUCACCAAAUGAUUCACUCCAUUGAGUUUGUUUUGGGUUCUGUUUCAAAUACGGCAUCAUAUCUCCGACUUUGGGCAUUAAGUUUGGCUCACUCAGAACUUUCAACUGUUUUUUAUGAGAAAGUCCUACUACUAGCUUGGGGGUAUGACAAUCUUAUCAUUCGGUUAGUGGGGCUAGUUGUUUUUGCCUUUGCAACUGCUUUUAUACUGCUUAUGAUGGAGACUCUGAGCGCUUUUCUUCAUGCCCUGCGUCUUCAUUGGGUUGAAUUUCAAAAUAAAUUCUACCAUGGUGAUGGCUACAAGUUCAAACCUUUUUCCUUUGCCGCCUUAACAGAGGAUGAAAAUUGA